UAAUAAAUUUAUCAACAAACAAUUAAUGAUUAAUAAUUUUUUUAUAUGUAAAAUAAUAUUUCCAAGUUUUUGGCGAGCUAAUAAGCUUUACAAAUCUUGUAUGAGUUGUUCGACUCAGCUCAGCUCAAUAAUAUCUCAAAUCCAACUCAAAUUCAUAUAAACUUAAAUCUUAACCAAAUAAAGGAUUACAAACGAUGUCAAAAAAAAAAAAAAAAAAAAUUACAUAUCCUUUAUUUCGCAUAUUAAGCUCAUAUAUAUAUAUAUAUAUAUUGACAAAUUUAUUUUGACUAGUUCGAUUUCAUUUAUCACAUGGUUUUCAGUCGUCCCAUCAACACCCCCUCCAUAUAAGAACAUCUCAUAAUUGAUCACAUCUUCACUUCUCUUAAACUAGUCCAAUAAUGGAUUAAAAUCCAUAUUCAUUAUUAUGGGUUUAUAUAUUAUCCAAUGUCCAUACAAAAAAGAUGUACUACACAAUCGAAUAUAUUGGCCUGAAAAUUCGUCAAAAUCCAGCGAUGUACAAAUAAGCACGUCCAUUCAAUUAUUAUUCCUACCAACAUUUAUAUGAUCUCAUCAGCAUGUCUAAUUAUGCUGUUGUAAAAAAAAAAAAAAAAAAAAAAAACAAUAUCUAAUUAUUUAUAAAAUGGGAAACAAUAAUCAUAAUAAAAUUAAAAUAACGCGUCCCCACCCUAAUUUUACGGGGAUUAUUUUUAUGAGUUAAUUAAUAUAACCAAUUAUAAAAUCCCUACGUGUCAACAACUAAAUGAAUGUUUGAUAUUUUCUAUUUCUAAUCCAAUUCUCUCUCCCGCCUUUUCUCCCUUUAUCAUCCUAACUACUUCUUAACCACCUUCUCUGUCUUUCAACAACCAUCUCUUUCUCCUAUAUUUUCUCUUUAAAAAUAACUAUACUAAUAUAUUUCUCCAUUAUUUUUAUUUUUAUUGUUUUUUUUUUUAUUUAUUUAUUUGAUGGUUGAUUUAUAAUUUGGUUUUUUUUUUCUUGGGAGAGGAAAAAGGGAGAUAAUAUCACAAAAAGAAUAGCAAGUAUGUAUCAUCAUUCUCCCAACAUGGUGGUGCAUUCUGAUCCAAACAUUCCGAGAAUGAGCACGGACGGGAGCGAGUGUAUGGCUCGACAAAGUAGCUUUUCGACGAUGGGAGGGAACUCGUUCAUCGACGAAGUACCAAAGAUGAGCGCCGAGAUGUCUCCUAUGAUGAUGUCCCCUUGGAAUCAGGUGUCCCCUUUUGCCAAAUCCCCUUGGUCUCAACAAUCUGAUGAUUCCGGCCAGCUUAGCUCGCUUAUUGGAUCGCUUGUCCGAGAAGAAGGCCACAUUUACUCCUUGGCUACAAAGGGGGACUUGUUGUAUACAGGGUCCGACAGUAAGAAUAUUCGUGUUUGGAAGAAUCUUAAGGAAUUUUCCGGGUUUAAGUCCGCUUCUGGAUUAGUUAAGGCUAUUGUUAUAGCAGGUGGGAAGAUAUUUACGGGUCAUCAAGACGGUAAGAUCCGAGUUUGGAAGGUGUCGCCUAAGAAUCCUAGUAUCCAUAAACGGUCAGGUUCGUUACCAACAUUGAAGGAUUUGUUUAAGGCGUCUAUUAGGCCAAGCAAUUAUGUUGAGGUGAAGAGGCAUCGUAGUUCGUUAUGGAUCAAGCAUUCGGAUGCUAUCUCAUGUCUUAGUAUGAAUGCCGAACAAGGGAUAUUAUACUCGUCUUCGUGGGACAGGACGUUUAAGGUUUGGAGGAUAUCCGACUCCAGGUGUUUGGAGUCGGUAGCUGCCCAUGAGGAUGCGGUGAAUUCGGUGGUGACGAGUUCAGAGGGCAUGGUUUUCACAGGGUCUGCAGAUGGAACAGUGAAGGUGUGGAGGAGAGAAAUGCAGGGGAAGGUUACGAAGCAUUUCUUCAUACAGACACUUCUGCAGCAGGAAUGCGCAGUUACUGCCCUCGCCGUAGACCCAACAGGAUCCAUAGUCUACUGUGGUUCAAGCGAUGGGAUGGUCAAUUUCUGGGAGAGGGAGAAGAAUCUUGCACACGGUGGAGUCCUGAGGGGUCACAAGUUGGCUGUUCUGUGCCUGGCUGCUCGAGCUAGGCUCGUGUUUACAGGAUCAGCUGAUAAGACCAUCUGUGUGUGGCGCAGGGAAGGAACGAUUCAUACCUGUCUGUCUGUCUUAACCGGCCACACCGGACCUGUAAAAUGCUUGGCUGUAGAGGAUGACGAGGAUGCUAAAGGUCAACGGUAUAUUAUAUACAGUGGAAGCCUUGACAAGUCUGUAAAGGUAUGGAAUGUGGCAGAUCAGGAGGGAAUGCAUUUGAUGCAGCAGCAGCAGGUGAUGGAGGUUAAUUCUGCAUCAGAAUCGUUGAGGUCUGACCGUAGCUACCAGUGACUGCGCGCAUUCACCUGAUCAUUCAUCACCUGUUAUUACACCAAGGUAAAGUCAGUCAUUGAAAUGUCUGUCAAAUAUCUAGCAGCGUGUCUGGCAAUUUGUAAUUUAUUUUUGGAGGUUUGCCUAAGAAAAUGUAUGUAUGAGGGAGAAGGGUAAACGAAAGAAAUUGUGAUUGUGGAGAUAUGAUUUUCGUGUACUUGGAAUUUAUCAUUCUGAUAGAUAAUUGUAAUAUGAUUAUAUUGAUCUAAAAUGUACUGUAUGGCCUUAAAACUGUCAAA